ACAAUUGCCUACAUACAAGCAGUAUUGGUCAACUGAUCAGCUCUUCAAAGUACCCUCCAUACCAAUCACCAUGGCUAGAGACAGGUUUGAGAAAAUCUUGCAGUAUUUUCACUACAAUGAUUCUACUACAAAUCCAGCCAGGGGAGAUGCGAACCAUGACAAAAUACAUCAUGUCCGGCCUGUCUUCAGUAUUGUGCAGAGACGGUUAGUGGAAAACUAUCGACCACACAAAAGUGUCACGUUAGAUAAGGCGAUGAUUCCAUUCCGUGGACGUGUUUCGUACCGACAGUACUUACCGGCAAAGCCUUGUAAAUUUGGAGUAAAAGUGUGGCAGUUAGCAGACAGUAGCAAUGGGUAUGUCUACCAGAUGGAGGUAUACACUGGCAAACAAGAUACAGGGAGAGAAGUGGGUUUGGCCUGGAGGGUGGUAUGGGAUUUGACCAGGGUAUUGUCCGGUAAAAGUCACCACAUAUACAUGGACAAUUACUUUUCCAGUCCCCAACUGUAUCAAGACUUGCUGAAGGAUGAUCUGUAUGGUUGUGGCACCUGUAGACUCAACCGAAAGGGGUGGCCUGACGCACUACACAAAAACUGUCUGCCGAAACAAAAAGGGGUAAGUAAACUCUACCAGAAAGAAAACCUUGUGGCAGCCUGCUGUGAGUGUCCAGCGAAAACAGAAGGAUGGAACGCGUGCAGAAAUAAAGGCCCUGAAGUUGUGGAGAACUACAACAAGCACAUGAAUGGUCUGGACCACGGAGAUCAGCUGCGUAUGCAAUAUUCCACUACUCGUCGCUCCAAAAAGUUUUGGAAGUACCUGUUCUGGUUUUUGUUUAACACAGCAGUGGCGUGCUCUUUCAUUCUUAUGCGUGAGUCUGUGAAUCACCAGAAGAAAAGCAAAACUGGUCGGGUGAAAGAAAUGUGUCAACUGAAGUUUCGACAAAAUUUGGCAAAACAGCUUGUCGGGCAGCACAGACAGAAAAGGCGACAUGAAGUAUUACAGAAGGACAGUGCAGGACGGUCACAUUGGCCCACAUCCAUGCCCAAAUCCAGGCGAUGCAAAUUGUGUAGUUCAAGGAAAAUCAGGAAGGAGUCAAAAUAUGGACGCAAGAUUUGUGAUGGAAACCUCUGUGUGGAAUGUUUUGAACCAUUUCAUGUUUUAUCAUUCACAGAAGAGUAG